AUGCUGGAGGCUGACAUGGUGCAAGUGCAGGAGGAGGUGGACAACACCGUCCAGGAGGCCAGGAACGCAGAGGAGAAGGCAAAGAAGGCCAUCACUGAUGUAAGUCCUCAUAAUAUGUGACCUAUUCCAGUGUUCCUGCCCUCAUCACGCCAAUCCUGUUAAUCUACAUUCCACGCUCACCUGGAGAGGAUGAAGAAGAACCUGGAAGCUACAGUCAAGGACCUGCAGCAUCAUCUGGCUGAGGCUGAGAACCUGGCCAUGAAGGGUGGCAAGAAGCAGCUACAGAAACUGGACUCCAGGGUGAUUUAGCAGGGACUCAUUCUGAAGAAUGAGAUGGAUGCCAAGCAGAAGAGAGGUGGCGAUGCCGUCAAGGGAGUCCGCAAAAAUUAGCACAGGGUCAAGGAGCUCACUUACUGUACCAUGUAAGAGGGACACACCAUCAUAAACCCUUAACCAAGACCGGUGUUUGUAGUGUGGAUCUGAUUGUGGGCAGUGAUACAUGGAUGUUCUCCCCCCAGACUGAGGAGGAUAAGAAGAACAUCAAUAGACUUCAGGACCUGGUGGACAAGCUGGAGCUGAAGGUCAAGGCCUACAAGAGAGGUGGAGGAAUCUGUGAGUAACAAAACUUCUGAGACCAUAUCUGGAAGUUCUGUCUGACUGUUCUAAUGUUGGGCUGUCCUGAUAAACCCCUGGUGUUGUUCCUUUAUCCCCUAACCCAGGAAGAACAAGCCAACCAGCACAUUUCCAAGUUCCGUAAGGUUCAGCAUGAACUGAAGGACACUGAGGAGCACGCUGACAUUGCUAAGUCCCAGGUCAACAAACUCAGGGCCAAGACCCACGACUCCAGAAAG